AAAAUCCUGCACUUCGUCCCAUUUUCCGUUCAUCAAGAGUGUUAUAAAUAGCGUGUGGGUGUGGAAAGUGUGAAAUGGCGACGAAUAUAGUGUUUAAUCCGUCGCUCACGAAGACGGACCCUCAUGAGCAUCCGGUUCUUAUCAUUGGGCAACUGUCCCAUCUUUCAUUGCUCAGUUUUGACGAUCUCAAGGUGAAAUUGGAGCCCCGCGUGACUUACGAGACAUUCGCCAACGCCCUCGCAUGCCUCCAUCCGUCGCCCACUGACACGUGUCCGCUGUAUCUGGACCUGGCCACUCUGGCGGCUCUGCCGCUCAAGUGCUCCAGACACAACACCAGCUCCCGUGCUCACUCCAUCACGAAACUCGUGAGCACCAAGGUCACGGGGGUGAACGAGAGCGUGGUGAUUGUGUGCGAGAAGAAGGAUCUGUUCGCGAGCGCUUGUGCUGUCGUGCGGGCUUUUCCGCUCUAUUCCCGGAAGAACCGACGUGGUCCGAUACCCGCUUCCACGGUGCAUGUGGAGUUCAUUGUGCUGGAGGGCGACAAAAUCCUGCUUGAGCCCCUCUCGACUCCAGAGAUCUCGUGUAUUGAGAAUGUGACCCAGGGAAUCCGUCUGGCGGCUAAGAUUGUGGAUACGCCUUGCAAUGAGAUGAACGUGUCUCACUUCCUGGAGGAGGCGCAAACCGUGGCCGGAGAGCUCAAUAUCACUCCGCUCGUGAUUCGUGGUGAGGAUCUCCAGACUCGCGGGUUUGGGGGCAUUUAUGGUGUGGGAAAGGCCGCUGCUGUGCCUCCAGCACUCUGUGUGCUGUCUCACAAGCCGGCCGGGGCCACGAAGACGAUCGCGUGGGUGGGUAAGGGCAUUGUUUACGACACCGGCGGUCUCAGUAUUAAGGGAAAGACGGCGAUGCCGGGCAUGAAGCGCGAUUGCGGAGGAGCAGCUGCUAUCCUUGGAGCAUUUUAUGCCGCCGUGAAGGGCGGCUUCACCGAGAAUCUGCAUGCCAUCUUCUGCCUGGCCGAGAACUCGGUGGGUCCCAAUGCCACGCGUCCCGAUGACAUCCAUCAACUCUACUCCGGUCUCACGGUGGAGAUCAACAACACCGACGCCGAGGGACGUCUCGUGCUCUCCGACGGUGUGGUGUAUGCCAAGAAGGAUUUGAGUGCCGACGUGAUCCUGGACAUGGCCACACUGACUGGGGCGCAGGGCAUUGCCACGGGAAAGUAUCACGGUGCCAUUUUGACGAACAACGAAGUUUGGGAGCAGAAAGGGGUGGAUGCCGGCCGCAUUUCUGGUGAUCUUCUAUCCCCAGUUCCGUACUGUCCAGAGCUGCAUUUUUCUGAGUUUUCCUCCAGUGUUGCUGACAUGAAAAACUCAGUGGCCGAUCGCAACAAUGCUCAAGUCUCCUGUGCUGGUCUCUUCGUGGCUGCACACUUGGGAUUUGACUAUGCCGGUUCGUGGAUCCAUAUCGACAUGGCAUCGCCGGUUCAUUGCGGUGAAAGAGCCACAGGUUAUGGUGUAGCUCUUCUGUGCUCCCUGUUUGGGAAUUACACUUCCUGCUCACUGCUGCAGCAGUUUGCUCCGCACGUGACUGAGCCACCACUGAAGAAAGUCUGCCUUUGAGGAAAUUCAAGAAAGACUGACAUCAAUCGGCAAUGAUAUUCUUAGAUUUGUUCUGUGUCUCGUCCGUGUGAAAGGGCAUUUCAAUAAACAUAAUUUUUUCAAUUUCCAAUAGCAGCUUAAAAA